GUGGUCAUUAUUAUAACUAACGAAGAGUGAUAGAGGAGGAGUAGGAACGAGGGUGAUGUAAGAUAAGAUGGGAUGCUAUACGUGUGGCCAAGAUGGCCAUUUUGCGAGAGAUUGUCCCCAGAGAUCAGGCGCGGCGGCGGAUCAUAAUAAUAAUAAUAAUAAUAAUAAUAAUAGCGGCUAUAGAUACAAUGGACUAUCCUGGCAACAGAGGAAGGACGUGGAGGAUAUCGGUUGGAUCAGGGAACUGUGCUCAGAGAUUGCUAGGGAGAGGAAGGAGAGAGAAGAACGGCAGAAGGAGGAAGAGCGUCAGAAGAUUGAAGGGGAAAGACGAAGGAGGGAAGAAGAACUACACCAGCAACACAAAUCUGAGAUUGAAAGACAAGGUGAGAUCCGUGAUGCGAGGCUGAUGACAGCAAUGACCGCACAACUCAAGAGCCUGCAUGACAAAUUGGCGGGCCAGAUGGAAGAAGUGCGAUCGAAGAUGCAAGCCCGGGACCAACAGAGGGAGGACGUCGGUAAAUUAAGGAACGAGGUUAUCAACCUCGAAAGGGAACCGGAGAAGGAAAAGGAAGAAUUGAAGAAGAAGCUUACCCAACUACGGAAGCUGAAGGAGGAACGAGAUCAGGCUCGUGCGAGAAAGAAGGUGAUGGAAUUAGAGAUGGAAUGGGAAUUAGAACAAACUCGAAAGGAAAUCGAACUGGAAACCGAUGAAUUUGCGCCGUCAUCGUCGACAAGACCUCCUAGAAAGCGAACGACAGAGACUCCGGCAACGCCUGCACGACCACGACGGGAGAGGAGGCCGAACAUGGGGAUACGAUUCGAAGAACCGGCAACACCAAUCACGCCUAUGAAGACAAGAUCUCAAACGAAGAAGAAUCAGGUUUUUGACAAAGAAUCGCUAAUCACUGGCUGGAGGGAUAUCACCAAGGGCGGUACCAAAACGAGCGUGGUGGAUUUUUGCAUGGCCAUGAGAAGCUACCUUCGGACCCGAUCGAUGGCGGAGCUACAAUGCAUAUGUGACGAAGAACGUACUGAGUACGUGACAUGGGACAAAGCAAUCAAGGGCCUGAUUUCUAACAAGAUGCAGGAGACAAUUCUCCGCACAAAUGCGGAAUCGGAUGGAGUAGCGGAGGAAGAGGGAAGUCCGAUGGGUACUCCAAUAGGAGAUCUGGAUCUAGGAAACAUGUGACAGCCUGACCUCGACCAUACCUGGGCGAUAUGGCACUCGCUGGUCGAAUUUAGGAAGUUGAGUAGGGAGAAAACGAUCUGUGAUCUCAUAGAUGCUGCGAUGAGAUGUGCAAUUGUGAUC